GGCCGCGGCGUGGGCGCUGUGGGCCGCCGUCCUCGCCGUGCCGGGGGCGGCGGUCGCGGUGCGCGCGGAGGUCCCGCCGAGCCCCAGCGGCCUGGACAGGCAGAAGGGCGUCAACCCCGCGCAGGUGCAGGCGAGCGGCGCCACGCCGAUGUCGGUUUUGGGCGGCCGGAAGGGCACCGACGGCGCCUCGCAGCAGCGCGCAGCCAGCGCUGCGGCCACGUGGCACCCGGACAAGUACUGGCCGUCCAUUUUCGUCGCCAUCUUCAGCCGCAGGGGCGCGGACUCGCGCCGGCAGCUGCUGCGGGACGUCUGGUCCCGGGCGGACUACAAGCAGGGCAAGCUGCAGGUCCGCUUCGCCCUCUGCGAGAACGAGGAUCACUUGGACGCGCCCCUGCGUCUGGAGAACGAGACCUACGGGGACUUGAUGAUCAUGCAGUGCCGCGAGGGCUACGGCGAUGGCAUGUUGACAAAAAAGACCUUGUCCGCCAUGCAGGAGUACCAGCGGAAUUUCCGCCAGCAGGAGCUGUUCAUGAAGAUCGACGACGACACGUUCGCCGCCUGGAGCCGCCUGUGGCCGAUGAUCGCCAGAGGCUGGCAGAACUAUUCCUACCACAUGUACAUGGGUACCAUGAAGUCUCCGAGCACGCCGAGCAGGGACCCCUUCAACGCGUUCUACGAGCCGCUGAGCUCGUACCCCCGGGAGCGGUACCCGCAGAGCGCGGACGGCGGGCCCGGGUACCUCCUCGGGGGCCAGCUGAUCUCGAGGAUGCUGGAGGAGGAGAUCCCGCAGCAGUGGCCGCUGUACAACGAGGACAAGGCCGUCGCCGUCUGGGUGGACGCCCUCGUCGAGCGAGGCCACGAGGUGCAGUACAUCAACGUGGACGGCCAGACCGGCUACGCGACGACGGAGCAGGGCGUGCGGUUUGUGAACAACGUGUUCCAGAAAGUUGGGACUGGAGCGUUCCACGCUGGCGUCGAAGUAUUGGGCCUCGAGUUCAGCUUCAGCACGAGUGGGGUUUUCCACUGCCUGCCGAGCCAGAAUCCGCUGCACACAUACCGGGAAGCUGUGGCUUUGGGCGUGACCCCUCUGACCGCACCUGAGGUGAGGGAGGUUGUCAUAAAGCUCCGCGACGAGUGGGCGGGCGAGCAGUACGACAUCCUGACCCGAAAUUGUUGCCACUUCUCGGCCGAGUUUUCCCAGGAGCUCGGGGUGGAUCCAGUGCCCGGCUGGGUCACCCAUCUGGCAGGCGCCGGGGCAGCGGCGUUGGAGGGCCUGGAGGCGAGAGUCCUUGAGGUGGGUGCCAGCGCAGCGGCCCUGGAGGCCUUCAGCGUGCAGGAGGUCGAUCUUGACGCCGAACUUGUGAAGGCGCAGGCCUGGUGCUCGCGCCUCGCGGCGGGCGCCGCGGGCCCCGCGGAGAGGCUGGCGGAAGCGGCGCAGAGGCCCCUCGAGACGCCCGCGAUCCAGGCGUUCGAGGAGUGCUGUCGGACCUCGCACUGCACUGCUGCGGAGGCGUGCUGGCAGCCGCACGGGCUGGCCUCCGCCCCCCUCGCCGAGGACGAGGCCCCGGCCGAGGCGGUGGAGCUGCGGGCGGGGUGCUCCUCGGAGACCUACGCCCCGGCGGACAGGGCGCCGCAGCGGCGGCUGGCGCCGCCGUGA